GGUCCCACUCUGUCUCUUCCAGUAUCCCAGUCUGUCUCUUCCAGCUAUGGCGGCGUUCAGCACCUCAUCCAGCAGACCCUACCACAUCAUCAUCUUCGGCGCUUCGGGUUUCACGGGACAGUUCGUGGUGGAGGAGGUGGCCCGCACCGCAUCCGAGGGUCCCAAGGGGAGUUUGAAAUGGGCCGUAGCCGGCAGGAACAGAGCCAAGCUGGAGAAAGUUGUUGAGCAGGCCGCUGGAGUUCUCGGUAAGCCGGAGUUGAAGUCUGAGGUAGAUGUGCUCAUCGCGGAUGUCAGCGAUGCCGACUCAUUGGCUGCCAUGUGCAAACAGGGAGUCAUUGUGCUCAGCUGUGUGGGGCCUUAUCGAUUUUUUGGUGAACCUGUGGUCAAAACGUGCGUGGAGAACGGAGCACACUGCAUUGAUAUCUCCGGAGAACCACAGUUCCUGGAGAGUAUGCAGCUAAACUACCAUGGCCAGGCUGCUGAAAAGGGCGUCUACGUUGUGGGAAGCUGUGGUUUUGACUCCAUUCCUGCAGACAUGGGCGUCAUUUACACCAGGGACCAGUUUAAAGGGACAAUAACUGCUAUUGAGAGCUUUUUGACUGCAAAUGCAGGGCUUGAGGGAGGCAGCAUCCAUGAUGGCACCUGGCAGUCGGCCAUCUAUGGCUUAGCUGACGGCCCCAAGUUGCGAAGCCUCAGGAAGAAGUUUAGUCACAAGCCUCUUCCUGUGGUGGGGGCAAAAAUUAAAAGGAGGGGUGCGCUGUUUUAUAGUAAUGAGGUACAGCAAUAUGCACUUCCCUUCAUGGGUUCUGACCCAUCAGUGGUGAAAAGGACCCAGCGCUACUUACAUGAAGAACUCAAUGAGUCACCGGUUCAGUAUGGGGCGUAUGUUGGUGUCGGCGGUAUUUCCAACAUUUUUAAGCUUGUCUUCGCUGGAAUGAUGUUCUGGUUCCUUGUAAAGUUCAGCUUUGGCAGAAAUCUCCUUAUUAAGUUUCCAGAGUUUUUCUCAUUUGGCUACUUCUCCAAAGAUGGUCCAACUAGAAAACAGAUGGAGGGCUCCUCUUUCCGUUUCGUCUUUUUUGGAGAGGGUUACACUGAAGAUCAGGACCUCACCGAGGGCAAACCCAACGGCAAGAUCCGCACUGUGGUCAAAGGACCAGAGGCAGGAUAUGUCACCACACCAAUCGCUAUGGUUCAAGCGGCCAUUACCAUGUUGAAUGAAUCAGAUUCUCUUCCAAAAACUGGCGGCGUGUACACUCCAGGAGCGACGUUCGCCAAGACCACCCUCAUCGACCGCCUCAACAAACACGGCAUUCAGUUCUCCGUCCUUUAAGUCCCUUCUUCCGAAGCACCUAUUCAUUUUCUUGCUUGAGCGUUGAGAAAUGUUGUUGCUAUUUGAAGCUUCCUCGGCUAUCUUGCAGUUUUCCGGUUUAGUGUCCUGGCUUGCAAACAGUAGACUGGGAUGAGUUUACUAGCAUGCACUCUGCUCAAAUGGCUGUGAAAUUUGAACUACAAGUGCGGCACAAAUCCCUCCAUUUUAUCACACGUGUUUCGGUUUGGAAUUUGAAUUUUGUUCCAAUGUUUUUUUUUUAUCACUAACAGAAAUGCUCAUUCUCACAGAUGACCGACAUCUCUGAAAACAUAUUUAAAGCACACCCAGAGUUGAAAGAAAAUAUAGAGAAAGUUUUUGUUAUAUUGUCAUGAGUUGUUAUAUUUGUGAAUCCUAUUACUAGAACAGGACAGUUAAACUAAUACAAGAAAUGAGAGAAAAUGUUUUAGAGACCAAUGAAUCUGUGAGUGUCUGAAAGAUUGCAGAAUGCUGUUCUGGCUUGUUUCUAACUAAAUAAAGUACAUAUCAAAUCGUA